UCUCCACCACGUGAGUGGCAUAGGUGCCAACCAAUAAAAAAAGAAAAUAAGGAUGUAAAGACGAGACUCAUUCCCUUUUUCCUCAACUCGUUCAGUAAAUGGUAGAAAAGGUGGAGCAGCUGAUACCAACCACCAAUCCAUAAGGGCGGAAAAGGAUGAUAAGAGUGAUGGGAGGGGGUGACGUGGCAGUGACAGGAGCAUAAACUGAAAUGAAUGGCGGAAACAUCAGCCAAUCGGCGAUCAGAUUGGCCGGGCAUUCCGCAUUCUCCCGUCCUCCCUGAGCGCUGGAAACUUCAGGAAAGCACCAAUGAGCUUCCCCAAAAGUCUGAUUGGCCUUUAUCUGAACCAAUCAACGGUGGGUCUGGCGGACGCGUCCCACCCCAGGCUCUCACUGGGCGCUGUAGAAUGACAGGCCCGAGAGAAAUGCCAAUGUCCGCGGGGUCUUCCUCAAGUGACACUCAGCGGCACCAAUCGACCUCCUUCUUCCCGGCGGCCGAGCCCUCCUCCCCGCGGCUGGCCGGGCGGGGCGGGGCGGGGACGCUGCGCGGCGGUGGCUGAUGCGGUAGCCGUGUGGGGCGCUCCGGGCGGCGACGGCGGCUCUCGUAGGCGGUUCCGGUCCUGUAUCUCCAGGCGGCGGCGGCUCAUGGCGGCGACGGAGCUGAGAGGAGUGGUGGGGCCAGGCCCGGCAGCCAUUGCAGCACUUGGCGGCGGCGGCGCCGGUCCCCCAAUGGUGGGAGGAGGCGGCGGCCGCGGAGAUGCGGGGCCAGGCUCCGGGGCCGCGUCAGGGACGGUGGUCGCGGCGGCGGCGGCGGGAGGCCCGGGCCCGGGGGCCGGGGGAGUGGCGGCGGCUGGCCCGGCCCCUGCGCCGCCGACUGGAGGCUCGGGCGUCUCGGGCGCUGGGGGUUCGGGCUCGGCUCGAGAGGGCUGGCUCUUCAAAUGGACCAAUUAUAUCAAAGGCUACCAGCGGCGGUGGUUCGUGCUGAGCAACGGGCUCCUGAGCUACUACAGAUCAAAGGCAGAAAUGAGACAUACCUGCCGUGGUACCAUCAACCUCGCCACAGCCAACAUCACCGUGGAGGACUCCUGCAACUUCAUCAUUUCCAAUGGGGGUGCUCAGACCUACCAUCUGAAAGCUAGUUCAGAAGUUGAGCGGCAGCGCUGGGUGACGGCCCUGGAACUGGCCAAAGCCAAAGCUGUGAAGAUGCUGGCAGAGUCAGAUGAAUCAGGAGAUGAAGAGUCUGUCUCACAAACUGACAAGACUGAGCUGCAGAAUACCCUUCGGACCCUCUCCAGCAAAGUAGAGGACUUGAGCACAUGCAAUGACUUGAUAGCUAAGCAUGGUACAGCUCUGCAGCGUUCCCUCAGUGAGUUGGAGUCCCUGAAGUUGCCUGCUGAGAGCAAUGAAAAGAUCAAACAGGUCAACGAACGAGCCACACUCUUUAGGAUAACAUCCAAUGCCAUGAUCAACGCCUGCAGAGAUUUCCUCAUGUUAGCCCAGACCCAUAGUAAAAAAUGGCAAAAGUCACUACAGUACGAAAGAGACCAGCGUAUCCGACUGGAAGAGACCCUCGAGCAGCUGGCAAAGCAGCAUAAUCACCUGGAGAGGGCCUUCCGAGGAGCCACGGUGCUGCCGGCAAACACUCCUGGCAAUGUGGGUUCUGGUAAAGAUCAGUGCUGCUCUGGCAAAGGGGACAUGAGUGAUGAAGAUGAUGAGAAUGAAUUUUUUGAUGCGCCUGAGAUCAUCACCAUGCCUGAAAAUUUGGGCCACAAACGUACUGGCAGCAAUAUCAGUGGGGCCAGCAGUGACAUCAGCCUUGAUGAACAGUACAAGCAUCAGCUGGAGGAGACCAAAAAGGAAAAGAGAACCAGAAUACCAUACAAGCCAAACUAUAGCCUCAAUUUAUGGAGCAUCAUGAAGAACUGCAUUGGAAAAGAACUCUCUAAGAUCCCCAUGCCGGUAAACUUUAAUGAGCCCUUGUCCAUGCUUCAGCGCCUUACUGAAGAUCUGGAAUACCAUGAGCUGUUAGACCGAGCUGCAAAAUGUGAGAAUUCUCUAGAACAGCUCUGUUAUGUUGCAGCUUUCACCGUGUCCUCCUACUCCACUACCGUCUUCCGCACCAGUAAGCCAUUCAACCCACUGCUUGGAGAGACCUUUGAGCUGGACCGAUUAGAGGAGAAUGGGUACCGAUCCCUCUGUGAGCAGGUGAGUCAUCAUCCCCCUGCUGCUGCGCACCAUGCUGAGUCCAAAAAUGGCUGGACAUUGCGUCAGGAAAUCAAAAUCACCAGCAAGUUUCGAGGCAAAUACCUCUCCAUUAUGCCCCUCGGUACCAUUCAUUGUAUUUUCCAUGCAACUGGGCACCACUACACUUGGAAGAAAGUUACCACAACUGUACACAACAUUAUUGUGGGCAAGUUGUGGAUAGAUCAGUCUGGCGAAAUUGAUAUUGUGAAUCACAAGACAGGAGACAAGUGUAAUCUUAAAUUUGUUCCUUAUAGCUACUUCUCUCGGGAUGUAGCAAGAAAGGUGACGGGGGAAGUGACAGAUCCAUCAGGAAAAGUCCACUUUGCUCUUCUGGGGACGUGGGAUGAGAAAAUGGAAUGUUUCAAAGUACAGCCAGUCAUUGGGGAAAAUGGGGGUGAUGCUCGACAGAGAGGCCAUGAAGCAGAGGAAAGCAGGGUCAUGCUGUGGAAAAGGAAUCCUUUACCGAAGAAUGCAGAAAACAUGUACUACUUCUCAGAGCUUGCUCUGACUCUCAAUGCUUGGGAAAGUGGCACUGCCCCUACAGACAGCCGGUUACGACCUGACCAGAGACUGAUGGAAAAUGGGCGCUGGGAUGAAGCAAAUGCGGAGAAGCAGCGCCUAGAGGAAAAACAAAGACUUUCCAGAAAGAAGAGAGAAGCGGAAGCUAUGAAAGCCACAGAGGAUGGCACACCAUAUGAUCCCUAUAAGGCACUGUGGUUUGAGCGGAAGAAGGACCCUGUUACCAAGGAGUUAACCCAUAUUUAUAGGGGAGAAUACUGGGAGUGUAAAGAAAAACAGGACUGGAGUUCAUGCCCGGACAUUUUCUGAAAUGGCAGUAACAAAAAAGAGGAGCAUCUAAUGGAGAAGAGGACAGAGGAUGUGUGGGAAAGCUGGGAGUUGUGACUCUCUUACCAAGUGCUUUCCUCAAGUUUGUCUCUCUUGACCAAUCAUUUUUUCCAAAUCAAUCACCAGAAGGAGACACCAGUGGUGGUGAUUGGCUGGUUGCCUUAGCUGAUUGAAACUGAAAUCGACAUAUGAGAUACUAUCCUAUGUCUGUAAGGGAGAGGUUUAGUGGCCGAAGGUUAGUGUUAUUCCACAUCCACAAAGUCAAGUAUUCUUGGCUCUUCUUUAUCCCUCUGCCCCCAUUUAAGAUGAUGUCACUCACCCUCCCCUUGUAGUCUCCUGCUCAGCCAAGAUCUGCGUAAGAUUGUGAAUUCAGGGGCAUUUUGGUGCUGUUCAAAGCAAGAGCCGAAUUUAGAAGUUCCCUUAAAAAACACAUAAGACUUACCAAUGGAGGCAUCGUGAAUGGUUGCAGUGGAGCUUAGGUAUAACAUCAUCAAGUGUGUUCACACGCGGUGUCGGUUUAAUGGAGUGUUCACGGGGAGAUAACUGCGAUAUUGGAACACCUGUGAGAGAGAUUGUUUUAUAGGACUGGAAUAUUCAGAGUUACAUUCUUGGAAGUUUCUGUUUUUACUUGCAUCAAACACCCCUCUGUUCUCCAUCAUCUUUAAUAGCAACUGGAGACCACUUUGGUCAUUGGUAAGAGGGGUGCAUUCUCCUCACAAAGGGGUUUUAUGGACUUCCUCAGGCGGAGAGCUUCUGAGAACACAGGCAGGAUGGAAAAAGACUACUAGCCCCUUUUGCUUUCCCAACCCCCCUCAAUGCCAUCCUUCAUUGUCUUUCUGGCUUCUCUUCUUUCUCCUGGCACAGUACCAUUUUGGGUCUGUGCUCCAGUGUGGAGCAAAACAUUGCCUGUCCCAUUCUGAUAUGCUUCAGAAUUUGAGAGCAGAAGUUAAUCUGGAACAAAAGUUUUCACCGUCUCUCAAGCCCCAAGGACUGGAGCCACCUCUGGAAUAAUGUGUUAAAUAUCUGUAUAUUAUAUAUAUGUAGAGAAAAAUCUAAUUUUUUGGUUUGAUUUUCUUCCCAUUAAGAAUCUUGUUUUUUGAUAUCCCUUGUCUCCCUGAGACUCUCUCUUGGACACGUGUUGAUGUGGAUGGCACUCCUCUGCUCUCCAUCUUUUAUGGGCAGAGAGAUUCAAAACCUGAGCAGGAUCAUGUCUGGCAGUUACUAAACAGGGACUUUGUCCAUGGUUUGUAUCAUGGGGUGCCUACUGCUGUCUAAACUCUGCUCUCCUAAUUAGCUGACUCUUGAAAAUGAAAUCCUAACCUCUUUCCUGCCUCUUUUCUUUCUCUUUUUAGGAAGAGUGUGGGUAGAAAGUCCGGAGGGCAACUUCCAAUUUAAUUCUGCUCUGUCCGGCGCAUAGGCUAAAUCCCAAAAGAACUUUCUUCCUAGGAUGUGGGGCUUAAAGCACCGUCAUGUGGGGUGGAUCAGAUAAUUGCUCCUGUGGGGCCCUGGCUUCCUUCUCUGCUUGUUCGGUAUUUGUUUUUGUUGUCUUGUUGAGAAAUACCACCCCUGUGCAACCCACCCUUGGUUGAGGAUCACAAAUUGAGGUGCCUUCCUUGUAUGCUUUUUGUUAGUAUUUUUUGUUUUUGUUCCUUAACUGCUGAGCCUCAGCCAGCGUGGGUCCUGGGGGGAGAUAUCAUUCCAAAGGAAGCCAUCCCUACGGGGAAAUUGGUUUUACUGGGUAAAUUAGUACUUUUAUUCCUUCCCCUAUCCCUUCCUUCCUAGUUGUGAUAAACAUGGGAGAGGAGUGACUUUGACUGCUGGGGAAUUUCCUCCUAAGAACCUUAUUCCCAAAAUAAGCCAGGGGUUAUGUCAAGGCUUCUUUCAAGGAGGCUCAUAAAAGCAGUGACCUCAUCCGGGGCUUUGGAUAGAGUGAGAAUUCCCCAACUAAAUUGGACUUCUCUGCUUUAUCCCCUUUUCUUCCUUCACCAUCUGCACUACAUUUCUGGCUUGAUCCCCAAUCAGAUUCCCGCUAAUGGAAGAAGUUUAGAAUCUUUCAGGUGGAAUAAAGUCACAGGAAAACAAAACACAACUAUAUAUAUUUUCAGUUUUUUUGCCUUAUUGCUUUUUUUCCAAAAAAAAAACUACUAAAUUAAAUAAUUUUUUAAAAGUCA